AUGGAGAUUGCAGGUGCAAUUGUUCGUUCGGAGAGAAGAAGUCAAGUAGGAGGCAGUGGACUAGCGUCUAACACUGAUCUGUCCCACCUCCGAUCCUUCACGGUAUUUGGUGAGGAUGUACCACCACCGAAGGAUUAUAGAAAGCAGAGGCUGUUGAGGGCAAUUGACCUGGAAGGAUGUAGGGAAACUGAUCAUUUCCACCGCAAGAGCUUUUCCAAGUUGUUUCUUUUGAUGUACUUGUCUCUAAGAAAUACUGAAUUAUUUGAAUUGCCAGAUUCAAUAGGAGAUUUGCAGAAUCUAGAGUUUUUCGAUAUAAGAGAAACUAAUAUUAGAAAACUACCCAAUUCCAUCGUCAAACUCCGAAAACUGGUCUAUCUGCUUGGUGGUUCCCUCACAGGAUUUAAGUUCCCGAAAGGAAUAAGAAAGUUGAAAAGACUUGCCACGUUUGGAACGGCACGUACUCGUAAUGUGCAUUCGCUACAGGAGAUUGGUGAGCUUGUCCACGUCCAGAAGCUUGCCAUCAGUUUUUGUUGCUCUGAUCUAUCACUCAGAAUGCUGGAGGAGAUCAGCGCCCUGCUCUCGAAGGUCAAUGACAGCCUUCGAUCUCUAAAGAUUUUGCAUUGGGCAGACCGCAGUCUGAAAAAGGCACUAGAUGAGGUAGCUUCGCCGCCAUUGCUGCUCUGCAAGCUCAUGAUACGAUGCAGACUUUACGAGUUGCCUCCUUGGUUUGCAUCUCUGAAGCAUGGCAUCAAGAUAUCUCUGUUCUUCACACGACUGCAGCUCGAGGAUCUACAAGUCAUGAGAAAUCUCCCCGCUUUGGUCUACUUGAAAUUAGGAUAUGAGUCAUUCGUCAAUAAUGAUGAGGAUUUGGUCUUCGAUCGUGGAGGGUUCGCACAACUUAAAUUCCUGGAAAUUAUAGAGCGAAAUGUAAUGCUGGUUUUCUACUUGGUUCAUCGUCAAAAGUACAAUUUUGAUGGUUUGAAAUACAGAGAUUACACUUUUGUUGAUUUAGAUGUACACAAACAAAACUAA